AUGAAGGAAAUGCCACUGAAGUGUGACUAUAGUCUAAAGGUGGCUGACUCUAGUUACAGGUUUUUGAAAUCUCUUUGUUUCCAGGUUCAGUUUCAGAAGCUUCAGCAGCUGCGCCUGACACAGUACCAUGGCGGGUCCUUACCCAACGUGAGCCAGCUGCGGAGCAGCGCAUCGGAGUUCCAGCCGUCCUUUCAUCAAGCCGAUAGCGUGCGGGGCACCCGCCACCACGGGCUGGUGGAGAGGCCGUCGAGGACCCGCUUCCACCCCCUCCACCGACGGCCUGGAGACAAGCCUGGGCGGCAAUUUGACGGAAGCACUUUUGGAACCAAUUACUCCUCGCAGCCCCUGGACGAGAGUUGGCCAAGGCAGCAGCGCCCUUGGAAGGAAGAAAAGCAUCCUGAGUUCAGGCUGACAGCUGCACUUAACAGGACCAAUUCUGAUUCUGCGCUUCACACGAGUGCUCUAAGCACCAAGCCCCAGGACCCCUACGGAGGAGGGGCCCAGUCGGCCUGGCCGGCCGCGUACAUGGGUUUCUGUGAUGGUGAGAACAAUGGACAUGGGGAAGUGAUGUCUUUCCCUGGCUCAUUGAAAGAAGAGAAUCUGCUAAACGUCCCCAAGCCACUGCCAAAGCAGCUGUGGGAGGCCAAGGAGAUUCAGUCGCUGUCAGGGCGCCCUCGAUCCUGUGAUGUUGCAGGUGGCAGCGUUUUUCCACACAACAGUCCAAACAUGGGGCUCUCCCCGUUUCUGGGGACCCUGAACACCGGAGGGUCCCUGCCAGACUUAACCAACCUGCACUACUCGGCGCCCCUGCCGGCCUCCCUGGACACCGGCAACCCCCUCUUUGGUGGCAUGAGUAUGGGGAACAGUGUGGGCAACCUUCCUGCUGCUAUGACUCACCUGGGCAUCAGAAGCUCUUCUGGUCUCCAGAGCUCCCGGAGUAACCCCUCCCUCCAGGCCACACUCAGCAAGACAGCGCUUUCCUCUUCCCUGAACAGCCACCCGCAGACCUCGCCCAGCGCCUCUGCCCUUCACCCUUCACUGCGCCUCUUUUCCCUCAGCAACCCCUCUCUCCCCACCACAAACCUGAGCGGCCCCUCUCGGCGCCGGCAGCCCCCCGUCAGCCCUCUCACGCUCUCUCCGGGCCCCGAAGCUCAUCAGGGUUUCGGCAGACAGCUCUCUUCCACCAGCCCCAUGAACCCCUAUCCUGCCUCGCAGAUGGUGUCCUCCGAUGGGAGCCCGCUUACCUUCCUGCCCACAGACGCUCAGGCUCAAGUGUCCCCGCCUCCCCCGUACCCCACACCCCAGCAGCUCCCCCAGCCUCUCCUACAGCAGCCCCACGCCCAGGAGCCCCCACAGCAGCCACAGGCAGCCCCGUCCCUGCCGCAGCCGGACUUCCAGCUCCUCACAGGCCAGGGCUCGUCUCUGACCAGCUUCUUCCCAGACGUGAGCUUUGACCAGCAGUCCAUGAGGCCGGGCCCGGCUUUUACUCAGCAGGUGCCCCUGGUGCAGCACGGUCCCCAGGAGCCACAGGACUCGUUUCAUUUGAGACCAAACCUGUAUUCCAACUGCGGGAAUUUCCCCAACAGCCUCCUGACCGAGGACUCGAGCUCUGGCCUGUUCAGAGACCUCGGCAGCGAGCUGGAGGGCAUGCCCGAGGUCAGCCUGAACAUGGACACGUCGUUCCCGCUGGAGGAAGAGCUCCAAAUUGAGCCGCUGAGCUUGGAUGGACUCAACAUGCUAAGUGACUCCAGCAUGGGCCUGCUUGACCCCUCUGUUGAAGAGACGUUUCGAGCCGACCGACUGUGAUGGGAGGGAAUGGGGUGGUAUAAUUUAUAUCUGAACAGCCGACGUGAAACGGAACAGAACGGAGCCCGCGGCACCCCUGGGCUUUCGUUAUCCCGGGCUUCUGACAUGGAACGAACCAAUUCCACGGCUCCCAGCUCUGUGAUGAGGCCCCACCUCACACACAGUGACUCAUCCUGGACCACAGAGCAAGGCACUGCCUCUCGGGCCUGCGGCGCAGGUGACCCUGUAGCAGGCAGGCUCAUUCAGGACUUCCAACGAGCUGGUCAUCUCCGUGACCAUCACCCAGCCGGUCAGUGUGUCAAAGGAAAAAGGUCAUGGGCGGAGGCCCAGGGGCGCCAUGCUCAGACCACUGACCCACGUCAACCCUGAGGAGGGACCGGCUCGGGUGGAGGCAGGUAGGGGCCCCAGGCUUCCGGGAGUUGUCUCAGCCUCGAACGACGGUACCACAGCCCCAGACGCCUUCUCUGACCCAGCUGUGAUGGCUGGGCUCCUGCCCGCUGGCGGCAGAGCUGUUCAGGGCAGAACCGAGAGCCGCAGCUCUCAGAGCCUUAAUUCUAAUAUGAAGAAGAAUUUGCACCAGAGGUCCAAGAGCAGACUCGAGUUGAGCAAGCCGAAUGGUAACUUGUUUCCUUCCCGUUUAUAAUCUCCUUUCUGCUGCUGCAGUUCGCCUUUUCCUACGGACCAGAGGAAAAGGAAGACGGUUGUAUUCAGUCGCUGAAGGAACAGCCCCUGGCAGUGGAUGAGCCUGAACAAAGGAGCAGCGCUUCUCGGGGACUAGAAGCAAGAAGAGGCCUGCAGGUGUCUCGCAGGCACGUGAAGUCCUUCAGGCAAGCUCUGGACCCGCUCCAGGUGUGCAGGCCUCUGCGCACACACCACCUGGAGAGGACGGCCGAGGUCUGACGCAGACGGGCCAGCCCCUGAGCAGCAGCAGAGCGAAGCUUUGUCUGUGGACCUGGAGUGUUCAUGUAACUCCACUGGACCCUCAGCGCCUUGCGGGCAGGCAGGGACUGUGCCUUAUUCACCAUUGAACCCUCAGUACCAACAAGUGCCUGGCACUGAGCAGGUGCUGCAUAACUGCGUGCUGAAUGUAUGAAUGAAUGAAUGAAUGCAGGAGUGAAUGCAUCUGCCUGCUGUAAGGCAGUCUAAUCUCUACUGUCCCUAUUCCUCGCCAGAUCUUCUCAGAGCUUUAGCUUUUCGGACACUUGUGCCUGUGGUUAAGUCAAGCAUGCACUUUAAUAUGCUUUUAACACUAGGUGAGCAAACCCACCGUCAGAGCAAACCCUCCUGGAGGUUGAGCUCCACGCAGGUAGGUGCAGACCAACUUCUGAGCACAUCCCCGCGGCCGAGCGAGCUGAGGCCGCCCAGUGCUGGGCCUCGGGGGUCCACAGGCCUCCCCUCAAAAGUUCUUCCCUCUCAGAUCCGUGUUUUGCUCUCAAUUGCUUUAAAAUUGAGCUUCAGUCUUUGAAGUUAAAGGAAUUCUGUAGUAAAAUGAAGGCCUCCUUCAUGGAACCAUCAUUAGUCAUUGACACCUUAGCAUAAAAGAGUAUUCCCAACUCCCAGUUUCCUCUCACUUAGGCUGGGCCAGCCCCUGACCAGAAACAUGGCGGUUGGGUUUGAAGGGAGCAGAGGGGGCAGGGCCUGCUGAGCGCCCCUUCGGAGGGGUCUGGGCAGAAUCCGGGCAGGGAGACCAGGCAGAGAGGAGAGGCGAGAGGUGCUGGAACCUUUGCCUAGACAGCCACCGCCCUUCCAGAGACACCAGGCAUGUCCCUCCUGACGGUCACGAGGCAGCUCCCAGCCCAGAGCAGCGAGGCUGUGCUCUGCGGGUCUGAGUCUGACUGCUGGGCCUCAUGGCAGGAGGAGCCUGUCCCAGGGCCCUGGGCACAACCUCUGCAGACCUCGCCCAUCUUUUCCCUCUGCAGGGGCGGUGCCUGCCCUCCGGCCUUUUGAGCAGCUCCAUCUUUCUCUGUGGCCCCAAGUCAACCCACUUCACAUCAGCCCCUAGUCCCUACUGUUGAAUUAGGAAAUCAAACCUGAGGGCUGGCUCAGGAGGGAGCAGCUGGCCUCCCCUUCCCAGCUUUAUUCCCAGUUGAACGUCCAGAUCCCUGCAAAGAUCUGAGAGGGGGCCCGGGGGAAUGACUGGUAAAGUAAAGGGCCUUUCCUUGUGAGGGCACACAGCACCCCAUGUGCCGAAAGAAGCCAGCCCCUGGCUGCCUUCCCUGUGUCCAAGGCCCCCAACAUCUGGUCUGGCCUUUCAGGCAGAACGGUUCUGAUGUUAUAAGAGGCUUUUCUUAAAAGUGGGGGUCCCAGCAUAAUUCACUCUGCACAGUGCCUUACCCAUGGGGAUCAUCAGUGUCGGGGUCCCAGCUCUCUCUGCCUGCGAGGCAGCCCCACCUUAUAGCUGGGGACCCCAAGACCUACGUGAUGACUUGUGCUGCCCCAGGGGCUUCUGGGAAAAGUGGCUAUUUGGGGGAGUAUAAUAAUGACAGUAAGGCUUAGCACUGAAUUGAAUUUGUCCUUAGGUCCAUCAGUCCGAUCUUUUCUGUGGAAAGGUUUUGGGCAUUAUACAACCCACUUUGCUUAGAUGGUGGCAAGGACAACCGUGGGCAGGUAGUCGCUCUGACCUUCGGCGGGUAAGUCUGCACUCACUGGUGCCUUUAAGACACGCCAGGUGCAAUCCGUGGCCUCCGAUGUGGCUGCAUUCUAAAUAUUUUUCAAUAUUUAGUUUUGUUACAAGAAAUCGAUGCCUGUACUACUCUCACUUACUGGAGUUAAACAGCAUAGAACUAAAAUCUGUCUCUUUCCAUUUUUUCUCUCUGUACGGUUGUGGUCUCUAGGACAUGAAGUGUUCGGAGAACAUUUUCUUGAUCAUGUCAAGAUGAACAUGAAUUCUCCUGUCCUGUUUCCGUUCUCCCAAGUCUACUGUAUAUUCUCUGAGCUGAACGGUCUGUUGUGUAUUCCCGUCCAUUUGCAUAUUUGAAGACAUUUCCAGUUCUGACUCUCGCCAGCUCUUCUGAUUGAUGGGCAGGUGGUUCUGAGCGUGUUUUCAUUGCUCACGACGGAACCAUCCCAGCAACCAAUCAGACUUCCCGCCAGUGUCGUAACUCCCAGGUCCCUUGUCAAACAAUAUUUAAAGAUUGGACUUUGUAUAAAGCAGCUUCCGAGUUUUAUAAUGCAUCAUUUUACAUCUUUCGUAAUUAAAAGCACAUUGAGGUUGUACCUGCA